ACUUCCGAUGAAAUGGCAACAACAACUAAUGAAGAUGAAGAUGAUGAUGAUGAUGAUGUUGAUGUUGAAUCAACAAGUGUUCAAACAUCAUCAUCAUCAUCGUUAUCGAAGACAAAAAUGGAUCGAAUUGAAACCAAAUCCAAUGAUAAUAAUGAUGAUAAUUCAAUGAAAAAGAAAAUAAACAAAAUAAUAAUAACAUCACCAAGUGAUGAUGGUUUUUUUGAUUAUUAUGAUGAUGAUCAACGACAACAACAAAAACAACGACCAAAUCGUCAUGAUCAUCAGCAACAACAACAACAACAACAAAAACUUCGACAACAACAACAACAAUCAAAUGAAAAUCAACUGUCAUUAAAACAUCAACAAUCAAGUGAUCAUCAACAUCAUCAUCAGCAAAAUAAUCAGUUCUUACAGCUUGAUUUAUCAUCUAAACAACGACGACGACAACAACCGAAUCGAAUAAAAAUGGUUAAAAAUUCAUUAGGUCAAUUGAAUCGAAAACAACAACAACAACCUCCAUCAUCACCAACAAAAUCAUUGGUAAUGUUAACAUCGAAUCAUUCACAUUCUCAUCCUCAUCCUCAUCAUAAAUCAUUCGUUGGACCAUAUAGUUUUUCCAAUGAUGAUAAUGAAAUGAUCAGAGAAAAACAAAAAAAAUUAAUAAUUACAAAUGAAAAUGACGAUAUUGUUGAUGAUUAUGAUGUUGAUGAUGAUGAUGAUAAUUCAAUUUGUAUCGAAAUAAAUGAUGAUGAUCAUCAACAACAUGAUUCAAACAAAACAUUACCAUCACCACAACCAAAAAUGAUCAAUAACAAAAUUUCAAAAUCAAAUAAUAACAAUUCAGUAUUUGACAAUAUCUUUGAUUCACCUGUAGUUAUUGUUGAAAAUGAUCAAAUGAUUUCACCAUCAAUUGCAGCUAAAACAAAUAAUGAACAUCAAUUACAAUUGAUAAAACAACAAUCAUCCAAUAUUAAUCAUCAUAAAUGUAAAAUGAAUUUCAAUAUCGAUCCAAUCGAUAAUCAUUAUGAAAGAUAUAAUCAAUCUACAGAUGAUAUUAUGGACAAUUUUACAACACCAACAUCAACAUUUAAAUUUCAGAUGAAUAAUGAUGAUGAUGAAAAAAAUCAAUAUUUACAGCAACAAUGGUCCGAUUUCAAAGAAUCAGAUCAUCAUCAAUCAUCGUUUGAUAAUUCGAUGAAUAAAAAAUCACCAAUCAGUAUGCGUACAAGUAUACUUGGUAAACCAUUACCAACACGAAAAGAAGUACCAUAUUAUCGACAAAGGUUUUUAAUUUAUAAUCUAUUACAACGACCAAAAGGAUUUUGGCCACAAUUUUAUCAUCGAAUUGUAAUCAUAAUUAUUAUUAUUGGUUUAUUAUUGUUUGCCUUAUCAACUGUUGACGAUUAUUAUUUACAAACUAUUCAAUAUUUACGUAUAUAUGAUACAUUCAUAUUGGCAUUAUUUAUUGUUGAAUUUUUGGCACGUGCAUGGUCAUCAUCAUGUAUUAGCCAAUAUCAAGGAUGGUUAGGUUUGUUACGAUUUUGUACAUCAACAUUUCGUUUGAUCGAUAUAUUUAUCAUAUUAUGUGCAUCAACUGUACUUUAUGUACAUAAAAUUGAUCCAUCCAUUUCGAAUCAAAUAAAUUGGUUACGUAUUGCACAAGCAUUUCAAAUUUUACGUUUAAGUCAUCGUUUUAAACCAUGGCGUAUAAUGGCAUCAGUUAUUUGGAAUCAACGUGAUCAUCUUACUGUUGCUGUUUAUAUGUGUACAUUAUCAUUAAUAUUCAUUACAUUUGUUGUUUAUUUUAUUGAACAUAAUCAACCAGAUACUGAUUUUACAUCAAUACCAAAAACACUUUGGUGGGGUAUUGUUUCAUUAUUAACUAUUGGUUAUGGUGAUAUGGUACCAACAACAAUAGCCGGUAAAUUUACAGCAAGUAUUUUAUUAUUAAUCUGUUUUUCAUCAUUUGCAUUACCUGCUGGUAUUCUUGGUACUGGUCUAGCACUAGAGGUACAAGAACAACAACGACAAAAACGUUUUGAAAAACGACGUGAUCCAGCCGCAUUUUUAAUACAAUGUGCAUGGCGUUGUUAUGCAUCAUCGAAAAAUUCUCGUUCAAUUGCAACAUGGAAAGUUUGUUUGAAAAAACAGCAACAACACCAACAACGACGACGUUAUAAAUUGAAAAAUAUUUCACAAUCAAAUUCGGAUCAACAAAUCGAAACGAUUAGUAGUGUUGUUGAUCUAAAAUGUUUACGAAAUAAAAUUCAUAAACAUUUUGGUAGCGAAUCACAAUCAUCAUUAGUUGAUUAUUCUUCAAGAUCAUCAAAUACAAUUGAUAAUAAUAAUGAAAGUAGUGGUCGAUCCAUACAAUCACUUGCAAUAAUGGCAACAUCACCAAAAAUUUAUCAAAAUAAACAUCGUUUAUUAGAUCAUACAACAAUGCCAAUCAUAAUGAAUCAAAAUAAUGAUGAAUAUUAUUGUGAAUAUUUUACACCGGCCGAAAAAUCAAUGAUACGUUUCAUACGUUUAGUUAAAUUUGAAGUAGCAAGAAAAAAUUUUAAAAAUGCAUUACGUCCAUAUGAUAUUAAUGAUGUUAUUGAACAAAAUGCAGCUGGUCAUGCUGAUGUUAUUCAACGUGUAAAAACAAUGCAUUCACGUAUUAAUUCUAUACAGAAUUCAUUAAUAAAUGUAACAAAAAUCUGUCAAAAUUUAUCCGAAAUUCAAUAUCAACAGAUAGAUCGUUUAGAAAGAAUUAUACAGGAAUUAAAUCAAAAAUUAUCAAUUGAAAAUUCUGAUUAUCAAUCAACAACAUCGUCAACAAAAUCAACCAAAACAAUAAAUAAAUAUCUAUCUGUAAACGAUAGUUCUUCAUCAAUUGAUUCAUCAUCAAUUAUAUCGAUAAGAUCCAUAACACCUUCGACAUACAUAUCAUCAUCAUCGUCAUCAUCAUCACCAUUAGCAACACAAUCAACAUUGUAUUCUACCAUUAAUUAUGAUCAAUCGAAUGAUGAUCAUCAACAAAAUGAUUCCAAACAGAAGCAAGCAAAAAUAUCGGAAAAUAAUCGACGUUUUAGUGGAUAAAUAUGUUGUUGGACAACAAAGUUUUUCUUUUAUUAUUGUUGUUGAUUUUCAACAAACAAAUGUGAUUUUUUUUUUAAAUUUAAA